CACCGGCCGCCGCCGCAUCGCAUCGUCUCGUCGCACUCCGCACGGCCCACACGACGUCGCCGCCGCCGUCGUCGUCCGCGGUUCUCUGUGUGUGUGUGUGUAUAUGUGUCCGUGUGCGUGUGUGUGAGAGUGUCAGCGACCAGCCGCCACCGUGAGCCGCGCGCAGCAGUCACACACCGCUUCAGUACGCGGUCCGCCGUCUGUUGUGUUCGGCCGCACGUCGUAACAACGCGUCGUCGUCGUCGUCGUCGCCGCCUCCGCCGCCGCCGCCGCCGCCGUCUGUUUGUCCGUUGUCGCGUUACUAUUCAUCCGCAGUGCGUUUUCUCCUCCGCCGCCGCUGCCGCCGGAAACACGAAACGAUAAUAAUACAGUCCAUAUAAUAUUGUUAUUCGCGUCCGUCGUCGCACGUAAUAAUAUAUUAUUGAUUCGUUAUUUGUUGUACGACAACAUUAUCGUGCGUGGUGGUGUUCGAGGAAAAUACAUUUUUUUUCGAUUCGUCUUUUUUUGAAAAAGAAAUAUAUUUUGUUCGCGUUUCGCUCGUGCGUGCGUUUUUUUUCCGUCGCCGUGUGUCGCUUGUUGCGCGUACCCUAUAUGCCCACGUAUCGAUACUGAUGCGAAUCGUUCGUCGCCGACCACCCGCACCACCGGUGCUGCCGCAGGACGGUUAAAUAGAUUGUAAUAAUAAUAAUAUCAAAAAAAAAAAAAUAAAAUUAUAGAUCCGAUUCCGAAUUUUUGCCCGAGUGAUAUAUUCCACUAGAAUUCCGCGUGCGUGUUCCGAUUUCGACUGUUUGAUGGUUAUACACGGAGCCGCCACGGGAAUCGUUCCAGCCGACAUUCAUCGGACCACUGAAUCGUUGUACAAUACCGGUAAUGGCAGAGUGAUCGGCGCCCCGCUACGCAUGCGCCGUCCAGAAGACCAAUCGCCGAGCGCCGCUAGUGCCGGACUCAUGAUGGAGGUGUGGGCUUCAGUAGCGUCGUGGUUUCUACGGCCUGAGAUGGCUGGAGCCAGCGUGCCGCCAAUCGUGCCACAACCACCUCCGAUGCCCAUCCGACCUUCCCGGACGUCUUCGGAUCCCCCGCAAAUGGCCAUGCCUCCAACCAUAUGCACCGCCAUCAGAUGUACGGUACCGGGAUGCGUGUGCGAUUGUUUUACGCCCGGCAAACUUCACAUACGAUUCUGCGACGCAUGUGGACACGGAUGGGUCCCACACGCUCUCGACAAGUUGGGAUUUGGUGGAGCUUCCUUGGGAAACGGGGCCGUGGAGCCCAUCCAACCAAAUGUGGCUUUCGACAUCGCCAGUCUGGUGCUAUAUGGCUGUCAGGCCCUGCCGAUAAGACUCAAGAUCUUGUUAGACCGAUUGUUCAGCGUUCUCCGUCAAGACGAAGUGUCGGCCGUGCUCAGAGGGUUCGGUUGGACGCACGAAGACUACGCCAGGGGUUAUAUACUUCAGGAACCACUCGGUGGUGGAAUUUUGGAACGUUGGAACAUAUGUAGCCCGGAAGAAGAGCCGCUUGUACUGCAACAGUUUUUGAGAUUCGGCGAAACCCGAGCAGUUACACAGCAAUUGCUGUUGCAUGGCCUAGGUGCUGAUUUUCGGGCUCUUCCAGCUCUGGAGACUGACAUGAAACGGUUAAUGGAACGCCAGAAACAGCAAUUGAACAACGACCACAAGUCCGGAUUUGACAUUAAUAAGUUCCGGACACGAACACCUCCCCCAUCAUUACCAUUGCUGCCGCUGCCACUACCGCAGCUUCCACCACGGCUUCAACUAGGAAGUUCACCACCAUCGCCACCAAAACCAGUGUUCGGGUUCGCCAAGCCGCCUGGUGGACUACCGAUGCUACAGCCCCCACCAGUCGGUAAUAAUGCGUGUAAUGGAGCCGGAUCCCCACCAGUUGGUAGCCCUACCAGUAGUGUGUCACCACUCAAUAAGCUGCAGAACAUGCAGCCGUUUGACUUCCGGAAGAUGCAGUCAGCUGCAUCUGGGUUUGGUGGUGGAAAGCCUUUGCAGGUCCCCUCGGGCCGACGGUCAAACAACUCAUCGGCUGACUUAUUACCGCCGCCCCCGCGCCCAAGCCAGCAGCAACAACAACAACAGCAACAGCAGCAGCAGCAGCAACAUCAGCAGCAACAACAGCAGCAACAACAAAAUGACUUCAACAACAAAUUCGGUCCGCCUGACAGUUUGGCCGGCAGUAGUGAAUUCGGCUCUGAAGACGGAGACGAAGAGGAAGAAAACUCACAGAGCGCAUUAAACCUCAGCAAAGACAGCUCUUUGAAAGCUUUACGUCCGCACCGAGGUCAUGUCCGCAAGACUACACAGCCGCUAAAGAGACAGUGGGGUUCAGCUGGACUGCCAUUAAAUUUAGGCACUCAACUCAUCAACCCAGCUACAGGCAAAAAACGCGUGCAAUGCAACGUUUGCCUGAAGACGUUUUGUGACAAAGGGGCACUAAAAAUUCACUUUUCCGCCGUCCAUUUGCGUGAGAUGCACAAGUGCACUGUAGAAGGGUGCAACAUGAUGUUCAGCUCAAGACGCUCUCGAAACCGGCAUAGCGCCAACCCUAAUCCCAAACUCCACUCUCCACAUUUACGUCGGAAAAUCUCACCACACGACGGACGCAGCUCACAAGCUCACCACCCAAUGGUCAUAACCCCACUACAGGCAUCUGCUAUGAACCAACUGGCGUUCGGAGCGUUUCCACUAUUGACCGGUAGUGCUGACUUAAGAGCUACCGGAUCCAAACAUAGUUCCGCGUCUGGCCUACACCUGGCCGAAGAACUCCGCCGCUCGGCAGAAUUUUCAUCAGACAACAUGGAUGAGUACAUGGACGACGAAGAAGAUGGCAUCGUUGUGGACGGUAAUGCCGUGGAUGACGAUGAAGAUGACUCUGAGCAGCGGAGCGACAGGAGCUGUAAGCGGAUGUCUGAAGAGUCUGAAGAUGAUGGGGGCAGCACCGCCGCCGAACCGCAGAAUAACCACCAUCACCACAACAACAACAACAUAAACAACGACAAUAACAACGAUCGGCCACCCAUAGUGGCCAUCAAGAACGUGCACAAGCGGAAGAGCAUGAACCCGACGAGGUUCGCAGCCGCGGCUGACCUCAGCGACGAAGGCAUGUCUUGCACGGACGAUUAUGGUUCGGUCGCGUCUCCCAAAGACAACAACAACGACGUGAAGCCUGCCGUCGUCAAGCUCGAAUCCAAUCUGACCGACGAAGAUGAUGGUUGCUUGAACCUGAGCAGAAAAAGGUCAUCACCCAGCCCCGUUACGGCGAGUGGUGGCGGCGACGGUGAUGGAAGUGGCAGGCGGUCGGCGUCGGGCGGCGUUGGUGGUGGGUCGAGGGAUUCACUGCUGUCCGAAGAAGACGAUGGUCAGUUGGAAGAUGACGAGGACUUGGACGACGACGCUGACGACGACUUGGAUUUGGAUGAAGACGACGAGGAUGCGGAUGACUUAGACGAGUGUGACUCCGACAGCGACGGCAACCACCGAGUCUACGGCGUGUUUGAGAACGGCCGGUUUGUGGCCACGGACGACGUGCCCGUGGACAAGGACAACCCUCGCGCGUGCACGGCAUGCGGUAAGACGUUCCCUAACCACUUCGGUGUUAAGUCCCAUUACCAGCGUGUGCACCUUAAACUCAUGCACAAGUGCGUGGUGGACGGCUGCAAUGCGGCGUUCCCGUCCAAGCGAAGCCGGGACCGACACAGUUCCAACCUGAACCUACACCGAAAACUGCUGUCUACGUCGUCGCCAUCUUCGUCGACGGAACCACCUCGGCAACAGUCCCGUCACCGUCAGCCACAGCCACUGCCGGCCCAGAAGCAAUCGCAUCAGCCUCAGGCGCCACUGCCACCGCCACCGCCUGCACCGUCGCAGAAACACCCACAGACCCAUCCGGCACCCGCAGUCGCCGGCAGCGCCGCCGCAACCGCGGCCAACAUCAUGGCGGCCGCCGCCGACAACCCGUACGGCAUGCACGCCGAGUUCCUGGCCCGGUUGUACGCCGACUCACAGCAACAGUUCCAGGCGUUCGCCGGUGGCAACGGACUGAUGCAGGUGCCACCGCAGUUCGCCGGGGGCGCGCCUGUCGGUUCACCGUUCAGGCACUUGCCCGCCGCCGCGGCGGCGAUGGCCAUGGCGGCCGCGGCCAACGGCUGCAGCACGUCACCGCCGUCCGCCGCCCGGCUGGUGUACUCGGCCGACGAGGACCUGCCGCCCGCGCCCGACAAGGAGAACGGCAGCAUGUACGCGUGCCGGUUCUGCAGCAAAUCGUUCCCCGACAAGAACGGCAUGCGCGAGCAUUACGAACAGCUGCACAUGCACGAAAUGCACCGGUGCAAGGUGCCCGGGUGCGGUAUGGUGUUCAGCUCGCGGACCCGGCGGAACGCUCACGCGGAGAACAGCCACCAACAGCAGCAGCCGUCCCUGUCCGCCGGGGCGCAGGCCGCCACGUCGUGACCUCGACCCGCGCCGCACCAGCGUUUUCCUGUGCCGCCGCCCUGGUGGUGGUAGACGCCACACGAACGCGGUAAACUAUAAUAAUAUUAUAAAUAUCGUACCGGUGUGGUACGAUGUGUUUUCAUUACGAUACUCUUAUUGGCCCCCACCUGUCGCGUCGCUCGUCUCCCCCCUCUCCCCUCACCACACCCACUGUUUUAUGUAUGUAUAAUAUCAUAAUCGAUCGCCUGUCGUAAAAUGUUUAAGAAUUUCUUUUCGUCGGUCCUAUAGGCUAUAAUAUAAAGUAUAUAUAUAUAUAUAUACAUAUAGAUGUACGUUCCACGUAAAGCCCACGUAGCCCCCCCGCGCACACAUUUUGUUUAAAUAUUUUUUACUUUCGUUCUGGUGCUCAAGUCAAACGAUUAACCUCAUCAACGUCUAUGUGUACAAUAAUAAUUGUGUGUAUUUGGUUAGGGUUUUUAUCCUGUACUCAUACAUUACACUAUAUAUUAUGCGAUCUGACUAAUUACGUGACAUAUGUCCCCGCCACCCACAACCCCAACAGUUUUACGAAGCGAAUUUUUAUUAUAUAAACUUUAUUAUAAUAUUAUUACAUAUACGUAUACGAUGUAUGGAAAUAUGUGAUUCAUUUUUGUUAAUGUAUAUUUAUUAUUAAUAUUUACUAUUAUUAUUAUUAUUAUUACGAUUUAUAUUAUUAUAAACGAUUAAUAUAAUAUAUCGUCGUGGCUGUUCUACUUAAGAACGUUAUAUAUUUUUUUUUUUUAUCGUAGAAUUAUACAAUUCAUUAUUAUAUAAAAUAUUAUUUAGAAAAGAGUAGAGAAAAGUUCGCGUAAACAACAUACGACUAUUAAUUUUAAUAAAUAUACCUACUGUGUACAUUGUUUUUACAUAUUAAAGGUUGUGUUUGAAUAUAUAUAUAAUAUAUAUAUAUCAUAUAAAUCUAGUGAAAUAUCCUUUUGUAAAUAGGUAUGAGUAGUUUUUUUUAGAUACGUUAUUAUCUUGUACUACGCAAUAUAACAACAAUUUAUAGUGAGUUUUUAAUUAUUAUAUUAUUGUGUAUAAAUUAUGUUUUGUUUUUACACGUGAUACGCGUUAUCCGUUAUUGCAGUCGCCGUGCAUAAUAAUAUGUGUAAAUAAUAUUAUGUUAUAUUAUAUAAUACGUCAUAGGCAUAUUAAAAGAACAUUGUAAGUUAUAAAUAUACACGCGUGUGUGUGUGUGUGUGUGUAUAUAUAAUAAUGCUACGCGUAACCAUUUCUCUCUCGACUUAAUCAAAAACAAAAAAAAAAAAAAAUGCAAAAAAAAUAUCUGAUAUAAGAAAUUUGAUAAUAUUUACUAGUCCUUAUCUUUUAGAGUGUAUUUUGUAGGUACGGCAAUAUUAUUGUAAUAAUAAUUACUUUGUACGUUUGACAAUAUAUUAUUUUAUAUAUUGUGCGUAUGUAAGUUUUUGUGCAGUGUAAUCGACAAAAAUAUAUAUUAUUAUUAUUAUUAUUACUAUUAUAUACAA